AUGAAAAAUGCCCUAUGCCUGUUCUACCUGUGGAAUUUCCCCCUCGAUGGAGGAGACAGGAGACAGACGCUUUACCGCGCCAAGGUAAGGAAGGUUACCAGGGGGCAGGAAAACAAACUUCAUCACACGGGGGAUAACUACAGCUACCUAGACGAAGGAAGGAAUUCAGAAUACGAGGAGAUUCUUAAUGAGAUCAUUUAUGAGUACGAGGAGGAGGAAAAGAAAAAAAAGGCAAACAUAGCAAAUGGGAAGGUAGGCAGUCAAGGAGGCAGUGAAGUAGGGCCAGGGGACGGACAACCAGGUGGCCACGAUGUCGGAAGCAAUUAUCAGUUAAGUCAUAGUACACACCAGAAAGGGGAAGACGCAUGUAGGAGCCCCUCCGAGGGAGAGAACCCGCAAAAAAGCAGCACACACGAAUCAACCCCCCAGGAUGAAAUUAAGCGAAUAGAAAAAUUAAAAAAAAAUAAUUUCCUAAACUUGUGCAACAUAAACUGUGACGUGCUGAGCCUACUGUUGAGGAAGGAACUAAAAGGGGAGGAAAGAGAUGAAGAUGAGCACUACAACAAAGUUAGCUUGCUCCUGGAGAUGGAGACAGAAAAGAACGGGGACGAGACGGACGACGGGUACACUGACGAUGAUCACACGGACGAUCGCUACGUUGACGACGGCCACAGUGACAACCGCAUGGAUGACCUCUACAUUGACGACAGCCUUGGUAGGUACCUGCUCAAGCUGGACGAAAACUUUAUCAAUUCCAUCUCAGAAAAGGAAUUCCACGUUCUGCGCAACAAAAUGUACAAGCAUAUUAUAUACUUAAAAUAUCGGUACCUGAAAAACUACAAGACAGCAAUUCAAGCCUUAAAGCAGAAAAAGGAAACGCGGACGGAACACAUUAACAAACACGUUUCGGUGGUCUACGAGGAGGGGGAGGAUGACCAGGCUAGCAGUUACCCCAACGAUGGCGCGUGUAACGAUCCGAACGAUGAAUCAACCCGUAAAAGUGCGCAGAUAAACCCUACCACGGAGGCUAAUAACCCACCUAAAGACAACACCGCCAGGGUUAGCUUCCUGCAGCCCAGCAACGACGACCCGCAAAACCUCGAACAGAUAGACACGGAACUGUCUGUAGAAAACAUCAAAGAAAUAAUUGACGACAAUCAAAGACUCUCCAAACUGCAGAGAAAUUUUAACGACUUAAAAAACUUUAACGUCUUUCACCUCCUCGAUAGGAAUUGUUUCCUAAACAGUUUACGAGUUAACAACUUCAGUUUUUACAACUACGACUGUCCUUUGCUGUUUAAAGCGAUGAGAUCCUUCGUCCGACGAAUUCGGCAGGGGCGCUUAGACAUACCUACCCACGAUGAACGCAACAACAGCCCUGGGGAGGUUCACCAUGAACACGCGCAAACCUUCGCCGACGACCGCUGCGCCUAUGUGUGCGUCCCCAAACUGAGCGAUCGAGGCUUCCUCAAGUACCAAGAAAAAUCCAUCGUCAUCAACGUGUCCGCCAAGGGGAACCAGGAUAAAGAACAUCUCCCCCCCGUCAAGGAGCUAAACAUCGACACAGACAAAGGUAUCCUCAUCCUGAGCGCGAACGACAAGCACCUCAACGUUCAUGUGAGAAAUAUUUGCGAUAAAAUAUCCUACCUAACACAGAGCCUUUCCAUAUGGCCACAACUGAACUAUGGCAGUGAAGAAGCGUCCCCCCAAAAUGUCCAUAUUAUAAAAAGGAUACUCAUGUUAAUGCUGUUCUACUUUAACAUAAAGAACCUGUUCGUGAUCUGCUUGGAUAACACAAGCGCAAAGUUCUUUUACCAUUUUCUAAACAAAGAGGAGGACAAUUUAUUUAAAAAUCUACACACACAAAAAAGCAAUAAACAGGAAGAAUACCUAUAUGUCAACUUAAAUGAUAUAAAAUUUUCACACGUUUUUAACAGAAAAUUUGUGCCCUUAUAUGAUAUGAAAAAGUUUUUUAAAAAUUAUGUGUUUCUCAUGAAAAAGGAAGAAAAGUUUUACGACAUUUCCUCUUUUAAAAGGUCCUCCCUCUUCAUAUUCUUGGAUGAACAUACAGAUAAACACAAUCACGUAAUUUCCUCAAAUGUACAGCAUUUUUUUUACUACAAAAAGUUCGAUUACCCAUUUAUUUACAGUGUUGACAAUAAGUAUACCCUAAAUACAUUGCGUAGUUUUAACGAAAUCCUGCUCUACCUUACCAGCUGGAUAGACAUUUUCCACACGGGGGAAAAUGAUACCAGUAGUGUUGGGGAGGAUGAUCAAGAUGCGCAAGGAGACGACGACGAUGGGGUACCAAGUCCGGAUUUAGAAGAGAUGGAUAAAGAUGUAGAGAAGGAUGAAGAAGAGGAGGAAUUUAUGCAAAGUCAACAACAGCAGGAUGAAGAAAAUGAAGAGGAAGAUGCUUACCGAAAGGAUGAAAGAGAGUGCGAUGGGGCCUACGGGUCGGGGUCAGAUUGGUAUGACAAUGAGAGGCCCGAUGAAAAUGUGGGAGAAUAA